AUGUUUGUAGGAAUCUGGUUUGAUUCACAAAUUGCUCUUCUUUCAUCAUUUGUUGUGCUAAGUUCAGGAUUGUUCAUACUUUGGGAUGGAGACAUUUCACCUGCACAGGCUGGGCUUGUUUUAAUGUAUUCAUCAAAUGUAAGUUAAGCCAUUGACUUUAACAUAAAUGGUUUAAGAGGAGGUUUAAACUUAGACCAUAACUGCAUGCUUUUUUACUAUUAAGAACAGCUAAUUUUAAGCUUUUUUACACUGAAUGUAGAAGCAAAAUAAUAUUUAACAUUAAUUCCAGCAUAUGUGUGUGUGUGUAUUUAAUUAACAACAAAUUUUGUAAUUUACAGAACAGAAUCUGGUUAAAGUUAUAGAAGUACUGGUACCGGUAGUUAAAAAAAAAAAAAGAAUAAUCAUACAUGCAUUUUAUUAUUAGGAUCAUAUAUAGAUUUAUCAAGACCCAGCUUUUUAGUUAAUUUCUAUUAGUAAUACUUUCUGAGUAGAACUAACUUAGUUAGCUCAAAGUUAAUCUUCUUUUAAUCCUUUGACAAUAGUCACUGAAAUUAUGAUCCACCUUCAAAUUGUUAAUAUUUCUUUUCAAUAAUAAAUACCCUGGUACUUGUAUAUAUUUAUAAAAUUUAUAUUUUUAUUUCAUAUUUCAAUUAAUUUUUUAUUUAACGAAGAACUGCAGGCCACUUACUUGAAAAUAAUUUUAAAAUUCUAUGUCAAGUAACCAAUUUAAGUAAAAUUUUAUAAAUAUGUAUAAAUUUUAACUCUCCUAGUUUGUAAACUACUUGGGCUGGUUCAUGACUCAUUCAACUCAUACAGAACAAGAAUUAGUUUCCCUUGAGAGGAUUUUGGAAUUCUCUAGAAAACCAACUGAGGUAAGAAUUUUAAAAUAAAUUUUAUUUGACAUCAAAGUAUAUGGAAUGGUUCAAACUAUUUUGAAUGACAAUACAAUUAUUAUAGGUCUAUAAUUAAUUUUUAUCUGGUUCAUUGCCCUGACAAGCAUAUAUUUUGAUUGAACCAUGUUAGAAAGAAUAUAAUUAUGUAUUAAGAAGCAUUCAAAUAACCAUCUAAUAGGUCAUAAAUUAAACCUAGAUAGCUCAUGCAUGAUUCUGAACUCUGUGGGUUGCCCUUAAUAAUUAGUCCCUGAUUUUUUUGAAGGACACUUCCCCAGCACAUAAAAAAUACAAAUAUUAAUUACAAUGAUAAAUGUUUGUCAAAAGUUGUUCUAAUAAUCCUACAUACAAAAAAUGUCAGUGUUCAUGGGGUAAUUUCUUUUUUUUUUUUAAAGUUAUAUUUGAUUCGUUGAAACAUUUUUAUAAGGAAGGAUCAAGAAAUAAAUAAAAGUUAACAUUUGCAAUGAUUUUCAGGCAGUUUGGGAAAUACCAGAAACAGCACCUUCUGAAGAAUGGCCCCAGAAUGGUCAAGUUACAAUGGAGGAUUAUAAAGCUCGCUACCGGGAAGGCCUUGACCUUGUGCUAAAAGGUGUCACAUGUCAUAUAAAAAGUGGAGAAAAGGUAAUUGGACUGCCAGUUAUUGAACUAUCAUGAAAUGAUUAAAAUGAUUGUUUAUUAUUUCAUAAAGAAACAAAAAAACUGAGUAUUUAAGAAAUAGGGAGAUAUUGGACUUAGUGAGGCUAGGGCCAUUAGCUAAUAUUUUUUUUAAGAGAGGAUAAACAUAAAAUAUCAAUUGCAGAAUUAUUUUUAUUAUGAUUUCAUUAUGACUUCAAAGAUAGUAUGAUCAUAUCCUCAUUGCACUUGAAAUAGUUUCUACAAUAAUUGCCAUAACAAUACUCUUAAAUGAGUGGUUCUUUUUUUAAAUUACAGAUUGGAAUAGUUGGAAGAACAGGAGCAGGUAAAUCUUCACUUGUCAUGGCUUUGUUUAGGAUGAUGGAGGCAACAACUGGACAUAUUGCUGUGGACAACUAUAUCAUAUCCAGUUUGGGAAUUCAUGAUCUUAGACGAAAGCUCACCAUCUUGCCUCAGGUCAAAUUGUUUUUUGAACUAAUUAUUAAAUAAUAUAGUUGUUUCCACCUCUCCCCCCCCCACCACUUUUUAUUUGUUUAAAUAGCGUUAAUAUAAAUUUAUGUUUUAAAAAAAAUCUCUAUUAUUUGGCCUAAGACAUAUUUUUACACCUUUUAACUUUAAUUGUAUGCAUUUUAUAAUUAAUGAAUCGCAAUAAAAUUCUCCACAGUUCUAUUAAACUUCUAAUGUACUAGUUAUUUUUCCUCAUGUAAAAGAGACGCCUGAAAGAAACACCUGUGGCUACUUUGCGAAACGGUUGUCCACCUUGGUCUAGGAAUGAUUAUUCAAUAAUGAUAUGUUUCACAACGUUCAGAUUCAAGUAAAUUAACAUUCAACAACACAAUGUUCUCAUGUAGUGAGCAAAGCUAUCUUACACAUAGCACUCAGCACAAUGUUCUCAUGUAGAUUUUCAUUUUUGUGCUCCAAUAAAAACUUCUUUCAUUGAACGCUCAUGCAGUGCAGAAUCAUAAUUUUAAAAAAAUUUGUAUAGCUUAUAUAAGGUAAACCAUGAACGUAGGUCUCCAGAUCCAGGCAUUUCCCAUGACCCGAAACUCAGAAACACAUCUAUCAAAAAAUAUUUCACAAAUCCAUGAUUACCCACAUUUCACCACUUAUGACACACUACAUCCAAUUACAACAAUAAGGAUAUUUUCUAUAAAAUAACAUUAAAUUGAAUAAAUAUUUCUUUGAUUAGGAUCCUGUGAUCUUUGGAGGUAGUCUAAGAAUGAACAUUGAUCCUCAAGCAGAGAAAUCAAACAGUGAAUUAUUGGAGGUGCUAAAACAAGCUCAUCUGCAGAAAUUUGUUGAAAAUUUACCUGAAAAGUUAGAUCAUCAUUGUGGAGAAAGUGGAAAAAAUCUCAGGUGAUUUCACGCAAUUAAAAGACAUUUUAUAUCAUUUUAUUUUUGCAGUAAUCUUCUGAUUAUUUUAAUUCAAAGUGCUUGAGUAAUUUAAUAUAUAGUAAGAUUAAUUUUUUUGUUGCUUAUUUAAAUUUAAGCGCAGACAAUUAUUUUUUUUUGUAGGAUAUUUUACAGUUCAUUAAACAUUAAAUCUUUGUGUAAUUUGAGUAUGACGAAUAUAUAUGACUUUGUAGAUGUGGAAAAUGUUAUUUGGUAAAAUCUUAUUAAUGUUGAUAAUGUUAUUUUCUAUGAAUUGAUUCAUUUUACAAGUGCUCAAAGCAGAAGCAAAAGAUAGUUGAAAGGCAAUCAAAUCAAAUUUAGAAUGUUAGAUUCAACAAAAUAUACAUGUUUCAUUUUUUUGAAAAGUGUCGGUCAACGCCAGCUUGUGUGUUUGGCCCGAUGUUUGUUGCGAAAGACCAAAGUUCUAGUGUUAGAUGAGGCAACAGCUUCAGUGGACAUUGAGACAGAUGACCUCAUACAGAAGACAAUCUGCAGAGAAUUCAAGGAUUGUACAGUUUUGACCAUAGCUCAUCGACUAAACACUGUAUUGGAAUAUGACAGGUUGGCGAUCUUUCUAAAAUUCUUUGCUUACAUCUCCAAAUUUUGUUGAUGUUAGUACAAGUACAAUCUGAAUUUGCCUAUCAAAAGAAGAUUGUGCAAAUUACUAUUUAGGCUUUGACAGCAUUUGCGUUGAUGCCAAGUACACAGCUAAGUGGUUCAUUAAUUAAGAGGCCUUAACUAAUUUAAAUAAUGCAUGAUUGAUAAUAAUUAGUUCAUUUUACAUCAGAAGCAGAAAUGUGUGCAGUUAGGUUUGUCUGUUUACCGAUUCAUUUAUUAACUUUUCAAUAACUGUCAUGAAGUGAGGGGUAGCAAAAUAUUAGAAGACUACAUUUUUUCCCCCCACAAUCUAUUUCCCUCCAGGAUCCUGGUGAUGGACAAUGGUAUGGUUAAAGAGUUUGACACACCCACCAAUCUGUUAGCUGACAAGGAAUCUUCAUUUUACACCAUGGCCAGAGAUUCUAAUCUUGUCAAGACUUUUUCAGGUCAUAAGUUAAAACAGUGA